GUGAAAUAUAUGUAUUAGAACAGCUUUAACGUGUUUAACUUCUUAUCAUCAUGAGUGUAAAACAAGCAGGACGUAUAAUAUAUAUAGAAUAAUCUUUAAGAGGAUUGAGGAAGGACAUAGUUUUUUGUCAUAUUGAAACACAACCUAAGGGAAACAAAUGAGGAUAACUAAAAUUGAAACGAGAUGUUGACACUCACCCUUACACGACAUAUUUAGACUUUCAAACUGAUUACGUGUACUUAACGUUUGAUAAAAUGUGGUAGUGAUUUGGACCGGCAUUGUCAUCGGAUAUCGUGUAUGUCAGGUACUCCAAAGUUAUAAGAAAGUGCAGUCCAGACACGGAAUUGGUGAAACAGAAAUGCGACAAUAAUCCGGAUAAGCUGGACAGACAUCGAUCGGAAUAGAAACCGACCAUUAAUGAACAUAGAGAUGUAGUUUUGUCACAGUUCGACGACCCACCUAUAGACGAGUGACAUCAACACACAAUUGAAUACCUUUAAAAUGGUGUCUACAUAGCAAAACUAUAAUAAAAACUAUUGUUAAAGCCAACGAUGUUGCCAAGGAAAUCCACAAUCACAAAGUGGUUGAUGUUUGUGCUAAUAUUAGGGGGGAUGUUAUACACAGUGAUAAACAACAAUGCCUCGCCAGUUAACAAGGAGAUCGAGAUACGAAAACUUUUGGAAUACGCAAAAGAUCCAAUUAUAAAUAAACCGCCGAAAGGAGAGAAGGAUUUAGAGAACCACAGUGGAAAAGUCUACUCGUCUAUUAAUUCUAGUGCUGGCCAUGAAAAUCAACCCAAUCCAUUAACUCUCACACCCCCAGUCAACCCGCAUAACUUUAAGUAUAUGAUAAAGCCAAAAUAUCAAUGUGACGACAGUGUGUUCCUAGUGGUAUAUGUCCAUUCCCACCCUGAUUAUUACAAAAGGAGAAUCCUCAUUAGGCAGACAUGGGGAAACCCCAAAAAUUAUAAGGAGAAAAUCCGGGUCAUUUUCAUCAUGGGGAAGGGGUUGAAACAGAAAGUUCAAGAUAGUUUAAUGUUUGAAAGUGAAACCUACGGGGAUAUUGUGCAAGAAGACUUUAUAGACUCUUAUAAAAAUCUAACUUACAAAGGUAUAGCUGGCUUAAAAUGGGUAUCAGAAAACUGUGCUCACACUAAGUAUACCCUUAAAACUGACGAUGAUAUAUUUGUAAAUAUGUUUAACUUACUGCGACAUCUUAAAAGUAUUUCAAUGCAUGAUCUAGGAAGAACUAAACUUGUCUUAUGCCUGACUUGGCAUGCGAUGAAAGUUCUUAGAGACAAAAAUAGCAAAUGGUACAUUGCUAAGGAGGAGUUCGAGCCAGAUCAUUUCCCACCAUACUGCUCAGGGUCUGCCUUUAUCUUCUCAACUGAUGUAGUGAAAGAUAUGUUUGAAAUCUCAUUGACGAUAAAAUUCUUUUGGGUUGAUGACUAUUAUAUCACAGGGGCUCUUGUGAAUAAGCUAGGGCUCAACCACACUCAAUUUAUUUCAGUGUACUCUCUGCAGAAGCCCAAAUUCGAGGAAAAUUUCAGUGGCCCAAAGGGAGACCUUUACAUCUUUGCUCAUACACACGAAGCUGAUAAAAUCAGAAAAGUGUGGAAACGGAUUAUAUCUAAAGAAGGGAAAUCAAUGAAAAGCGAUUAUUUGCUUUCAUCUUAGUGUCAUCUAAAUCAGAGACAUAUAAAAUUAUUUGUCUCUGUCUAAAUGUAGGUUUCUUUCACCCGUGUUUAUUUCAUGCCCGGGAAUACUGCAGGUCGAUAUGGCGCUGAACGAAAUUUAAAACAAAUAACAGGUUACAAGACGGCCAUUGAUGUGAUUCACACUGACAUUCCAUGUCCAAAAGGAAAUAGUAUCAAAGUGACAGGGUCUUAUCAAUAAACUGCAUACGUACAGUAUUAUAUAGAAUAUCCUGACUAGUGAUCGACCAAGAUAUUACUGUUAUCCACCGAGGAAUAUCUGCAUAUCUGCUAUAAGGCUUAAUGAUACAAAUAUUUGACGAAAAAUACUUUUUUGAAGAGAUACAUAGAUUAUGGUUUACCUAGCUUCAUAAAAUGAUUUAGAUCAAUCAUACAGUACAAGAUGAUAUUUACUUUUCGCCAUCAGUAUUAUGUACUUAUUCAAGUUGGAUCAGUAGCCAGAACGUGUCAUAUAAAUAGAAGCGAAGCGUAGUCGCAUUUUAAAUUUUGAUUAUAAAUAUCAAGGGGGAUUCGCUCCCAGCAUUAUUUGGCGAUAUUCUUUAACUGGCAUGGAUCGAAUUGGUAAUACAUUACAACGUUCAUCUCCAGACCAAGUAUAUAGUAUUACCAUUACCACAAAUUGGUCCAUGGCAGUCAUAAGAAGAUCGCGAGGGAAUGGUGG